AAACACUUCAUGCGAACAUAUUAUACCUCAAUUUGAGGCAUAUUAAUGUUGUGAUGGACGUAAUACUGCCGGUGAUAAUUUCCUGCUAUACGUUUGUCUAAAUUGACGGAACAAUGCUUUAUUAUUCCCUGACAAGUUUUUGCAUGUUGCACUUGAUAGUUGCUUCGGCCUUGGAUUGUAACAACAGGACCGACUGUCUGUGUUGCAUCGAUCAAGAAUGUGAGACACAUCCUUCCUAUAGCUGGAUGAAAUACUAUUGUCCCAAAGGAUGCAUUGAUGGUUACAGGGGCGGACAGUGUUACCUUAAAUGUUCUGAAAGUUGUAAAGCUUGUGCAAUAGAUGAUAAAGACAAAUGCACUAAAUGUUUCGAUGGUUAUUUCCUUGGAUCAAGGAAAGACUGUAAAGGGGUUUGUCCUACCAACUGUAAAACGUGCACCUCUAUAUCUACUUGCAAUGAAUGUAAAAAAGGUUUCUACAAUAAAGGUUCUUUUUUGGACUGCCGAUUUCUUUCCUGUCCUAUCAAUUGUAUAUGCGAAGAAGCAACUUGUGUUUCUUGCAGAGAUGGUUUUUAUAACACCAGUAUAUUAUGUGAAAGUGCAUGUCCCAGAAAUUGUGCUUCUUGUUCUUCUGGAGAUGUAUGCACAAAGUGCCAUGAUGGAUAUUAUAGUGGAUAUCAGUUUGAUCAACAGAACAUUGAUAAAUCGGAAGCAUGUGGACAUAACUGCAGAAAAUCUUGCCUAAGUUGCAUUUCAUAUAAUAAAUGUACGCAAUGUAAUGAGGGUAGCCACGGACCAACUUGUGAAAAGAAAUGUUCAAUAGGAUGUGAUACAAAAAAUUGUUCUAUUGCUACUGGAGAGUGUAGCUGUCGCGAGUCUUUUACUGGCACCGACUGCACCAGCUGCACAGCGGGUAAAUAUGGAUUGUUUUGCAAUAUGUCAUGCCCGUCGACUUGCAUGAAUGGUUUAUGUGACAAAUAUUCUGGAGAUUGUAUAUUUGGGUGUGUAAGUAAUAAUUUCACUGGAAAAAGAUGUUCCGAAUGUGCAACUGGUAUGUUCGGUAACACAUGUGAUGAAGCAUGUUCUGAUAAUUGCAUGAAUAUAACCUGUGAAAGGGACAGCGGGAAAUGUUUAGACGGAUGUAAAGGCAAUUUCAGUGGUUCGUUUUGUAAAGAUUGUGUGUCGGGUAAGUUCGGACCGAAAUGUAAAUCAGACUGUCCCGAAAGAUGCCUUCAUGGAAUUUGUCAGAAGGAUUCUGGACACUGUUUAACUUGUGACGGAAAUUUUGCUGGGGCUGAGUGUAAUAGAUGCAUAUCUGGAUUUUAUGGUAUCAGUUGUAAUGCAACAUGUUCUAAACAGUGCUUAAAUAGUACGUGUGACCAGAUAACAGGAAACUGUAAUGGAGGCUGUAAAGACAAUUUUUCAGGAGAUAAAUGUUGCAUAGAAAAUGGCUCCUGUUCAAAAUGCGACACAAAUAAUAAAUGUAGAGAAUGCAAAACUGGGCACUUUGGGCAGUCGUGUAAGAAAGAAUGUCCUACUGGUUGCGCAAGUUCUUGUAACAUCAGUUCAGGCGUUUGUGAUUUAUGUAAAGAGGAUUUCUUUGGCUCUUCCUGCGAUUCGAAAUGUUCUGAUACUUGCAAUAAAACAACAGAUGUUAACAGCUGUGAUCAGUCAUCCGGAAGGUGCGUUGAUGGAUGUAUUACUGGUACAUUUGGUGAUACAUGUAACAAGAGCUGUAGUGGAUAUUGCGUAAACAAUCAGUGCGAAAGAGAAAGUGGAUUCUGUCUUUAUGGCUGUACAGGUGGCUACGAUGCAUCAGUUUGUUCUACACACUUAGGAAAGACGUUGGAUAAACCUGAUCAAGUGAACGUUACUGGACCUGUUGUAGGCGGGGUAGUCGGACUAAUAAUCUUAACAGCUGGGAUAAUUGUGACGAUUUUGUUCUACAAACGAAGGCACAUGAAGAACAAUGAAGGAAGACGACAAAAUGCGGAAAUACAGAAACCUGAAACCGAAGAAGAGCAUAUAUAUAGAAACAUUGCUGACACGACACGGGGGAAAGUAAACGAGGAGAAAACAUCAGGGAAUGAUGCAUCAGCUGUAGUAGAUAUUAUUGACGUUAAAAUAGACAAGCCAGCUGAUAAUUUACCCCUGAAAGUGUAUGACAACAUUGGACAAAAUAACCAUCGAUUGAAAGUGGAGAAACUACUUACGUACGUUAAAAAGGAAGUUGAUUCGGUUGAAAGUGAAUUCAUGAAGCUAACUAAAGGCUUAACAAUGACUUGCAACUUUGCCAGACAGCCCGAAUAUAAAGGGUUGAACAGGUACACUGAAAUAUACCCGUAUGACCAUUCAAGAGUGACUAUUCCUGGUCAGCCGACAUUCUUUAUCAAUGCUUCUUACAUCGAUGGUUACAACAGAAGGAAAGCUUAUAUUGCCUCUUUAGGCCCUACUGCAAAGACUACAGAUACGUUCUCUACAUUCUGGAGUAUGGUUUGGAAUGAGAAAUCUGACAUCAUUGUUAUGUUGACAAAUCUCCGUGAAUCUUCGGGCAUGAAGUGUGAACAAUACUGGCCAAAAGUGGAGACAGAUACGUUGUAUGGACAAGUUAAAGUGAAAUGUCGAAGUGUAGAAGAAUAUGCCGAGUACACAGUCAGAACAUUCACUGUUUCAAAGGGUCAAGAACAGAGAAACCUGCUGCAGUUACAUUACACGGCAUGGCCUGAUAAAAGCGUACCGCUUGAGGUAACCAGCCUUGUAGAAUUCCGACAAAGGGUGAAGGCAGUUCCAGUGACGUUUGAUGGUCCUAUUAUAGUCCAUUGCAGUGCUGGAGUAGGUAGAACAGGAACCUAUAUUGCUCUAGACCAGCUUACAGAGGAAGGCAAGUGUGAAGGAUCUGUUGAUGUAUUCAACUGUGUAAACAGAAUGAGGGAGCAAAGGGUCAACAUGGUCCAAACCGCUGAGCAGUACAUAUUUCUUCAUAAAUCCCUGGUACACUCGCUUUCUUUCGGCUGUGAGGCACUGACAGCUGAGCAGAUACAAGGAAUUAUGUAUGACACAGAUGACAAGAUGUUCGCAAAGCUGUAUCAGACAUUACGGCUAGAAGUUGAUAUCGAGAGCAAAGAAGAGGUAAACGCACGUCAGGAGAACAGACAAAAGUAUAAGGACAAGAACCGGCGACAGUCUGAUAUACCUGGAGACAGUAGUCGAGUGCGUUUGUAUCUAUCCAGGAAAGACGGACAACAUGACUAUAUCAACGCCGUUUUCAUAAAUAGUUUCAGGAUCAAGAACCUGUUCAUUGCUGCACAGUCUCCGCUUUCAGGAACUGUUGAAGACUUUCUAAGCAUGAUUUAUCAACAGAAUAGUACAUGUGUGGUAGCACUAGAGGAGCAACACAGUCAACACAAUGAUGUUGGACAAUAUCUUCCUGCUGAUAAUGAGACUUACACCUUUGGUAAUUUUACCAUAUUGAGCUCAAAGGGUGAGACAAAACCACAGUAUGUCUUGAAGAAAUUGUCCAUUCGCAAUGAGAAGGGUGAGGAGAAAACAGUUUCUCACUUCCAAUACAAAAACUGGGAGAAAUCUAAGAAAGUUCCAAAUAGCGCCGAGGAAUUUGUCCAGUUUAUAAAAGAAAUAGAGGGCUUCAUCCGUCGACGAAUGGAGGACACACCUAAUAUAGUAGUUCACUGCUUAAACGGCUACGAAAGGUCUGGAUUAUUUUGUGUCGUGUACAAACUGCUAGAGAAACUGGAGGCAGAGCGACAAGUCAGUGUUGUAAACACUGUGAGGAAAAUCAGAACACAUCGGAAGCAGUCUAUAACGUCUGUGGAACAACUUAAGUUUUGUUACCAGUGCAUUGCCGCCUACAUGGAAAUAUACAACAUCUACUCGAACUUCGCUACAUGAAAAAUUGUACAGCUGUUGUUCAAGAUAGUUCCAAAUGUUUAAGGCUGGACAGAGUGAACAGUAAACUCACAGAGACAUUAAGACAAAGUAACUGUAGAUACUUUUUUAUGUACAUAGUAUUUGCUUACUAUUGGUUUAACAUCCCGUAUUUAUUACUAAUAUUUUUAAUGUACAUAUUUUCAAAGAAACGUGUUGUAUAUAUAUAUUAAUUUAAUAGAAACUUUUAACGCCCCUUUGAUAUAUGCUUGACGGUUUCUUUCAGAAUUCUAACCGUGCAUUUUUUUACACAUUUAGACAAAUAUUUUGUUAAUGACAUAACAAAAUUUCAGUAUUAACAGAUCAUGCAUAGACAUCACUUCAUUCGUUUUACAAGAUCUGCCACUUUCAACUUAGUGUCCAAAAUCACAUAAACGUAGCGUUUUUAUGAAAUACGAAAGUUACGAUAUUAACUUUUCACUCAUAUAUGGUAAUAUAUCACCAACUUCAGGUUAAUCCUCAAGAUAUAACAAGACAAAGACUUUUUUGUUUGUUUUUACCUACCUUAUAUCCAAAUUCGGUUCAUUUGUUAUGUACAUUUUUGCAACUGUUUGAAAUUUGGUUAAGCCGUAGAAUACAUAAAACAAUAUUAUAACAUCUUCCGACUUUGCUGGAAUUUUGAUAUAUGAUUUUUCUAAAUAUGUAAGAAAUUUCAAAGGCGUAAUUUAAGUAAUAUGGAAGAUACUGACAUAUAUAACAAGGGGCGUUAAAAGUUUCGUAAAGUGUACAUUAUAACCUCUCUCUAGAGCGGCCCUCUCUUAAGCAAAAACCUCUCUAUAACAACAUCAUCAAAAUUUCCCUUAGCUGAAAUAUACUAUCAAAUUUACCUCUCCAGAACAACAACUUCUACAUUACAGUCAAUAUUUGUAUUUCUAAAAGGUUAAGGGUAUUGCUCUACAGAGGUUGUACUGUGUAUUAAAUCAAAUAGGAGAAGAACUCUAUAAAACAUUGUCUUUCGUUCUAAUCCUGUCCAUACAGGACAUAUGCUUAUGUAACUAUAUGUACAUUAUAUGGAAUGAUAUGUUUAAACUAAAUAGAAGUGUGCUAUGGAUGUUUAUCAAUCAAUGUGUAUAUAAAGCAAAAUAUAUCAUUAUAUCAUGCAACAGCCUGAAAAUUAUUAAUAUGAGUGAAAGAGUAAUGAGAGUUAUUCAUCAUUUUGUUUGUCACGUAAUUGAUAUUGUUUUUUUAAAGGACAAGGAAUGCCUGAAAAUAAGUUAUUUCCACAGGAAAGCCAUCAUCAAGCCUUUCAUAACGCUGAAAGAAGUUUUAAAAUCGGACAACUAUUGAAAAAGAUAUUGAAGUUUGAAACUUAAGAAAAUGGCUUAUCAUGGAGGCAGCCAUUGAUGACGACGUUUACACACUGUUAUAUCCUUUAUUUAACAAAUAAUCUUUGUAAUAGAUUAAUUUGAUUCUUGGGUGUAAGAUGUAAAACAUGGUACUUUCUUUCAUUUUAGUUGGAAAAAGUAGGGGAAUAAUUUUACAGAAAUAAAUGAAUUCAGUUCAAAUAUAAACCAAGAUAUUUUACGAAUCCGCCAUUUUCUUUCAUCUUCCUAUGGAAACAAAAUCCGUCAUUUCAAUCAAACAUUGAAAUGUUAACAGCUUUCUUAUUUUAAGCCAAUUUUGAAAAUUCGUUCACUUCUUUAAACAGUUUAAGAAAUCCUUACAAAUGGAAUUAACAUCGUUGCCUUUCAAUUUAAAUGCUUUGAAAAAUAUAUGCUCAUUAACAUAGAUUUUACUCACUUAACAUACACAGAUAUUAUCUAAGCAGAAAAACAAUUAAAUGUUUGAAAAACUGAUCGAUAUAUUCUAAGGUAUUCAAAAUGCAAUAGUUCCUUUCAUGUUUUUGUAAAAAAAUGUUAACCCAUUAUUAUAACUGGUUUUCAUGAAAUUACACGCUAGUAUGUCAUUGAAGGUUCCAUGGUCACCGCCGUAUGAAUACAUCUGUGGAUGUUUCUAAAUUGAUUUUUGUACUAUGUUGAGUUCUGCUCAACCUGGAGCUAGAGGGCGUGGGCGUAGCAUGCAUUUUUACUACCGUCAAUGAAGAGGCUCAAUCAAACCGAGCCUGCAAUAUUUUCGUUUUUGUCGUGUUGAGCGACCUGUGAAGUUUCCACGUUUUCUAUUUUAAGGUCAUACAGAUACAUAAUACAAAUUUCCAUGCAGAAAAACAAUACAUGUUAUGUAGCGUUAAGCUGACAUUUUCUCCAAGUGAUAAUUUUGAUUUGAACAAAACGCUGCUUCCAUUCCUGAAACGUGUAUUUCUGGUAAUUUCAGUUCACAGAGUACAUCCUAUAUACUUUGUUUACAAUCCGUUAUAGCCUUUGUUGGUGACACGAGGGAUACUGAACAUUUCAUAUUCUCUCAAGGAUCAAGUCUAAUAUCACUCUGUAUAGUCGACUUCUGUGCUUCCAAAAAGACGACACAAAAGGGUCUAUACUCUUUAUAAGCAAGUUGAGAUAAUAAAAUACUGUUGCCUCCCAUCUACUACUAUCUGAAAAGAUCAGCCAGUUGGUUAAACCUUUCAUUUUUAUAAGAUAUCUUACACGUUUUCUUAACUCAGAUAUUUCAGUAAUGUUGCUUUUAUCCUAUCUUUAUGCUCUUGAUAUUGAAUAUCAUUUACCAGAGAUUUAUCUAUCUACGCCCGUUUAAACCGUUAUAACUAUAAUGACGUUUGUAACAAGAGGGUUAUUAAUUAAAAUAGUUAUCCAGA